AAUGCUCAAGUGAAAUAUGGCACAUCGCCUUCGAACCUGCCAUACACUGCAACCGAUGAAGGUGUGAAGAAAUGGACGUCCGGCACGAGUGUACGAUAUUCGCACAAAGCGAUGAUGAGAAACCUACAGCCAUUGACUACUUACUAUUAUCAGAUUAGCACUCGACAGUUCUCGUUCAAAACAAUGGCAGAAAAUCCUCAAUCCUACAAGGCAUGCAUAUUUGGCGAUCUGGGCUACUGGCAUGGUAAUUCCACUGAAAGCUUGAUACGAAAUGGCCUUGCUGGAAAAUUCGAUUUUAUCGUUCAUCUCGGUGACAUAGCUUACGACUUACACACGAAUAAUGGUGAAACUGGCGACAACUUCAUGAAUCAGCUCGAACCGCUGCUGUCCAAGGUGCCUUACAUGGUAAUAGCCGGAAAUCAUGAAGAUGACGGAAAGAACUUUACUGAUUAUCAAGAGAGAUUCUGGAUCUUGACAGACGGGUUUAAGCGACAGCACAAGUUCGUAAAGACACAAAGACUAUUCGACUGCAACAUGCGACACGGCGAGCGACCAGCCGUGGCUCAUCACCUUCCAACCAUCGCCCUUCUACUGCAGCAACUCAACUCGCUGAGUGUCAAUCCAUUCGACAAAUCGGCUGCGAGUCAUGAGGCGUAUUCUCAC